AAUGCUAUUAUAUAUAUAUACUUCCACCAUCCCUUUACCUACUUGAAUCCCAUCACAAACAAAAGAAAACCAAAAAAACAACCCAACUCACUAUUUUCUUUUCAAGAUUCUUUGAGUAUUUCAUUUUUUGCAAUUAAAUGAUGAUUUCAACAUGGAGGAAAAGGAAAACAGAAAGAAUGGUAGCAAAGAGAGGAUUAAUGGAGGAUAUAACAAGCAUGGAAUUAGUGAUUCCUAGACAUUACACAUGUCCAAUUUCUUUAGACUUAAUGAAAGAUCCAGUGACAUUGUCAACAGGGAUCACAUACGAUAGAGAGAAUAUUGAGAAAUGGAUUGAGGCUGGGAAUCAAACUUGUCCCAUCACAAAUCAAACAUUGAGGAAUAUUGGUGAACCAAUUCCAAAUCACAGCAUAAGGAAAAUGAUCCAACAAUGGUGUGUUGAGAACAAGGAUCAUGGGAUUGAAAGAAUUCCAACUCCAAGAAUUCCUGUGACAUCGUCCGAGGUUGUUGAACUACUUGCCAAAAUAAGCAAAGAGAUGCAUGACUCAGAGGUGUGCAAGGAAUUAGUGUCCAAAGUGAAGAAGUUGGUGAAUGAAAGUGAGAGGAACAAACGGUGCUUUGUUACCAAUGGUACUGCACAUGUUUUAUCAGCUGCAUUUGUUGCAUUUUCAGAGGAAAUUAAUAUGAAAAAUUCUUCAACAGGGGAAGUGAUCUUGUCAACUUUGACAACUAUAUUGCCUCUGGAUGGGGAGUCCAAGUCGAAUCUUGGAUCGAUUUCAUCGUUAUGUUGCAUGGUGUGGUUCUUGAAUAAUGGGAGUUUAUCAUGCAGGAGAAAUGCAGUUUUCUUGCUAAAAGAUAUCUUGAAAAUGGAGGAACAUGACAAGGUUGAAAUCUUGUUGGGAAUUGAAGGAGCUUUAGAAGGCUUAGUGAAACUUGUGAAAGAGCCAAUUUGUCCUACUACUACAAAAGCUUCUUUAUUAGCAAUCUACCACAUGGUUAAUUCAUCACAUUCGUCGUCUUUCGCCAACAAGAAGGCUCAAUCAAGAUUUGCUGAUGUGGGGUUAGUUGAAUUGCUGGUAGAGAUGCUUGUGGAUUGUGAGAAGAGCAUAUGUGAAAAGGCAUUAGGUGUUUUGGAUGGAAUUUGCAGCUCUAUAGAAGGAAGAAAAAGGGCUUAUAGUUAUGCUCUAACUGUGCCUGUUUUGGUCAAGAAAUUGCUGAGAGUUUCAGAUUUGGCAACUGAGUUUUCAGUUUCAAUUCUAUGGAAGAUUGGGAAGAGGGAAAAUGGAGGUGAUGUUCUUGUUGAAGCUCUAAAACUUGGUGCUUUUCAGAAGCUUUUGCUGCUGCUACAAGUUGGUUGUAGUGAAACAACAAAAGAGAAAGCUAGUGAGUUGUUGAAGUUGUUGAAUGUGCAUAGGGAUAGAGCAGAGUGUGUUGAUUCUUUGGACUUCAAGAGUCUCAAAAGGCCAUUCUGAACCUUGGCUUAGACUAUAUAUAUGUUUAGAUACAUGUUUCAUUUUUACUGUAUAAAGGUAUACCAAAAAAACAAGAAAAUAGGAAAGUAGUUCACAAUACAUUUUUGAUCUAUGUUGCUCGGACGCUGCAAAGAUGUCGCCAGGUGCGUGUCGGAUCCUCAAAAAGUAGUACAUUUUUGAAAGAUCCGAUAUGGGUGCGACAAUAUUUUUGGAGAGUCCACACAGCAUAGCUUUUGAUUAUCAUUCUAUAGAUACAUAUGCUGAUGAAUUAAGAUGCAUUAUGAAUUUAUACAUUAAAUAUUUGUAUGGAGGGGUCUUCUCUCCAUGUGAUAUGUGUUUGCUAUA